GGCAUGAGCCGGGCCUCGUAGACACGGCCGUGCCACUUGUUACCUUACUACCGAGGAGGCCUAUGCUUAUUAAACACAAGUUCGUGCGGCAGGAAUCCUCGCACCGUCUCCACUUGCUCCUUUUGCGGCAUCACGGUCCGGAACAACUACCUGAAGACCCACAUCCGCGACAUCCACAUGGGCUCGGAUCCCGUGCAGUGCGGGACGUGUCACAAGCUCUUCAAGUCCAAGAACAGCCUCAACUCGCACAUGUUUCGCUACCACAGGAAGGACAAGAACUAGUCCUCUGCGUGUGCUAGAAGCUCUGCCGUGACGCGCUCUUCACCGUCAUUCUACGAUGAAUACGUACAUUUAUUCAUUUGUUGGAUUUGUGAUGUGCCUACCGACGACUAGAAGCCCUGAGUGGUGGCAGCCAGGCAGGGAUGAUUUACUGUAGGCUGUGCAGGAACCAUGUGUGCGAGGAGCAAAUAAAGGAACACGUCCUGUCGCAUCGCUCCGCCAUCGUCUGCGAGAUCUGCCGGAAGGUGUUCAGCUCCAAGAACAGCCUGUACGUGCACCGGCACAGGUUCCACCGAGGACUGGACAAGUGGCGCGCUGGACGCCCGCCUGAUGAUGAUGAUGAUGCUGAACCAAAAGGGGGGCCAGAAGGACCAGCGGAAGAUGACGCCGUGCUCGGUGUGCAGGUUCUGCGGCAUGCUGCUGAAGCUGUCCUCCCUCAACGCCCACAUCCAGAACAAGCACAUGCCCAACAUCCCCUUGGAGUGCCGGCUGUGCAGGAAGCUGCUCAAGUCCCCCAGCUCGCUGCGCGGCCACAUGCUGCGCGUGCACAAGGGCGAGGGCCCGUCGUCGUCGCCCCCACAGGCGCGCUCGCUCGCCCCAGGCAGGCCCCCACGUGUGCCCCCGAGGCCCCAGCUGCUGCCGCGCGCCCUCUCCCAGCUGCACGCCAAGCCCCGCCCGCUCCCCGAGGCGCGGUCGCCGCCGCAGCCACAGCCACAGCCACAGCCACAGCCACAGCCACAGCCACAAGCCCAGCAGAAGCAGCCGCCCCAGCGCCCCCACCCCGCUCCGCGGUCCCAGCCACAGUCCCAGUAGGGAGCCGGGUGCUAGGCCAAGCGAGCAGCGAACCCCUCAGAUGCUAUUAUUCAACCCUGAGUUGCUUGGGACGUUCGGCUGGGCACGGCGGAAACCAGAGACAACGUGCGCGAGUUGAGCACCGCCUCAGUUCAUUUGUCUGCGUCGGUCCCACUGCGGCUGUUCCUGCAGUGCUCUCCUUCUGUUUCAUUGCGCUGUAGUUGUUGUGACGACUGGUAUCUAUCUAUGCACCAUCUCUUAAGCAAAAAAUAAUUAAGGAAAGUGUUUCUUUCUUAAAGUUUUGUCUGAUCUGUGUAAAGUUGUAUCAAAUGUUUGUGGACAGUCAUUUAAAUAUAAUACUUAUUAAUUUUUGGAAGAGAGUCAUGCAGAUGUAAAACAUGUUUAUUAUUCGUAUGGGAAUAAGAGUUGAGGUGAAGGUGUGAUGUGAUGAUUGUAUUUUUGAUUCAGGUAUUAGUGGGGACCGUGUGAGGUCAAAAUAAAUGGCUGACAUUAAGUGGUUGUUAAUUUUAAGCCAUUUAAACAGCAUGGGUAAAAAUAAAAAAAACAAAAUGUGAGCAGAGUCUUUCAGUACUCACCAGUGAUGUGUAGCAUCUGACCUCGGUAACGAGCAAAUUCGUGUGUUCUCAUGUUGCAAACACACUUCUAAUACGAAACUCUGACAUGAAAUUUAACGUUGGAUUCUUUAAAAUGAUGCUGAGCGUGAUUUAUAUAUGCCAAUUGUGUUUUCAACCACAUUUAUGGACGUGAAUAAUGCGUAGUUUCCGCACCCACUGCUAGCAUUCGCUGCCAGAGCAGCUACCUCUACUAUUGAAUCAUUUCAUUAGCAGACCAAAAUUUAAAUUUUUAUAAUGAAAUGGCUGUGAUAAAAGCGAAAAAGACUUGAAAAAAGAAAAGAAAAGAAACUAAAUCCCAGCUUUGGACCUGAUUUUCAACAAGGAAUAUUAUUAAAAAUUCUGCCCAUCUUGCUUAAAAUUCAUUAAACAAAUAAUACUUUUAAGUUUCUCUUUGUCUUUGUGAACUUCGGUUCGCGCCAUCCGCCACAGAUAGCAACAGUGUGGUUGUAACACAUUUCCUGUGCUUGAAUUCCAUCCCAUUCAUGAAAUUACUCCCACCAAAUGCCGAAUUCCAAGAGCUAAGAUGUUACACAUCAAAAAAGUAUGUUACAGUUAACACAUUUUACGCUAUUUUGUAAUGCUUGUGUAGUAACUCAACUCUGCCCUUAUAACCAAAGACAAACACAGUUUUCUUGCUUAUUUACUGUUUUUUAAAUGAUGUUCUUUAAGGAAAUACGUACUGCUUUGUGGAAUUAUUUGCUGACUUAGGUCUCAGUUUUCAUGGUCUAUCUGUUGUUGGGUAUGUAAGUUGUAGUAGAUAUAAUUGUUUCAGUUCCUCAUUAUAGAACAAUGCUUCUGUGCAUUGGCAUGGUCUGAAAUGUCAUCACAUGUAUUUAAAGAAA